AUGGAGGUGUUCCCGUCCCCGCUGGAGUCCGCCAAGUUUAUAGCCGACAACAGCAAGGACGUCUCCGUGGACGAGGAGGGGGCGCGGCGCGUGGCCGAGAGUUUGUUCGACAAAGUCUCGGCGGCGGAUUUCGGGCUGGCGGGGGGGAAGAGGCUCCACGAGGUGAACCCCCAGGCCGCCAGCGAGGAGGCGGUGGACUGGGUGUUCCUGGUGGACACCCUCAACUUCUCCUUCUGGUCCGAGCAGGAGGAGCAGAAGUACCUGGUGAAGUACAAGGGUAAAACGCACAGCGGCUACUGGUCCCUCUGCGCCGCCGUCAACNNNNACUUUUCUGAAGGAAUACCUAUUACCAGCGCAUCGUAUUUUGCCACCAUGACCCUUGACCAAGUUAAGCACGUAUUUCGCUCUGACACAGAAGUCCCCAUACCUUUGAUUGAAGAAAGACACCGGCUGCUGAAUGAAAGUGGAACAGUUCUGUUAGAGAAGUUUGGAGGUUCUUUCCUCACCUGUGUUAAAAUGAGUGAGAAAAGUGCCCAGAAGCUACUACAUCUAGUACUGCAAAAUUUUCCUUCUUACAGAGAUGAAGCUGUAUUUGAGAAGAAAAAGGUGUCUUUCUACAAACGGGCACAAAUACUUGUGGCUGAUACGUGGAGUGUAUUGGAAGGCAAAGGAGAUGGCUCUUUUGAUGACAUUUCUAGUCUGACUAUAUUUGCUGACUACAGAAUUCCUCAAGUUCUUGUUCACUUAAAAGCAAUGAAGUAUUCUGAAGAACUAAUGAAGAAACUACGUGAAGGAACAGUUUUCCACUCUGGAGAUAGAGAGGAGGUGGAGAUCCGUGGCUGUUCCAUUUGGUGUUGUGCAUUGAUUUGUAAGCACCUGCUGGAGCUCUAUGAGAAGAAGGGUCAGGACAUGCGUGAAAAGAUCAAUGCGGUUUUACUCGAUUACCAUCUCUGGGACUAUGCCAGGGAUCAUAGGGAAGAGAUGAAAGAUAUUCCGUUUCACCGAGUACGAUGUAUAUAUUACUAAGUCCAGUCUGAUAGCUGUCGUGCUGAUGCGUUAUCUCUUGAAUUGCAGUUGUUCUUUUCAUACAGUGGUUUGUCAUAUACUGGUUUGGAACGGGCUAAACCAAAUGCUCAUUUUCGGCUGAUGUAUUAACAACUUGUGCUUU